AGUCUUAGCUGCUAUUCCGCCUGCAGCAUCCCUGGCGUCUGCAAUCGACUGGCCCGUCACCGCAACAUCGACAACAGCAAACUCCUUCGUACUCUCACACAAACAACCACCUCAUCACUUCCACUUUGCAGGACGUUGUCCUACCUUUCACUCGUUGUUCUCGACUAUUCUCAUCUCUAUACGCCAACCUCUAUCAAUUAUCUUUCCGAGAUCCCCGUAUCAGCUCUGAUACCCUCUGCAUUCCACCUCUUGUUCUCAGCAACGCGUGUCCUGACCCUCACGAUCCACUCUCUGGCCUUCCUACCACCGCCCUUGACAGCCACUUGAUUGCCCCAACCACACACCCUGGUCCUUUCGUGAAUCGGUCGCGACGUAGGCCACUAUCCUACGACUUCGAUAUCCAAACUCUGUCAAUUUGUUGUUGGAGAUGCGUUGAGAAUCCAGCGGAUUUCAAUGUCGACACCUCACCCUCAAAGGUGACGGGCAGAGAAACACCACGGCCUGCCCCUUAGGGCCGACGUGCCAUCGUACCCAUAGCCAUGCCUUAUCGACAAAAUGCACCCUUGUCUUCGAUUACCACCUCAAGAUACACAAACUCGAUCAAGGCCGAUGAUCAAGACAAUGGUGGUACGAAACCCAUCCCCGGGCUACCUGCAGGACAUCAACCCCCACUGACACCAGCCUACCCUAUAGCCAACACACAAUCUUCGAGAAAGCCUCCUUCCGCCUUUGCCCUGAACAGCUCUACCAAUACAGCGCCUUCUCGCUCACGAGACCCUCCAGAUAAUGCAACAUCCACUGCCCAGGGCCCGACCCUGACCUCCAGACGAAGGCAAUCCUCCAUCCCCAAUGCCAAAACUCUCAUGGGACCACGUUCGUUGGAACAUGGCAACAAUGUCAAUGGCGGAAAAAGGUCCACCAGCAACUCCCACUUCGCUUCCCUACGUGGGACUUCUGCAGUUGCUUCCCAGGAUCCAUACACCAAAGAACUAUCCAUCAACGACAUUUCCCGCUUCAGCUUUGCAUCCAUACAGCCCAAAGCCUCUCCACAAGAGGAACGUGAUGCAGGCCUAGACUUUGGGGAUUUCCUUGAGCCCACUUUCAAUUUUGACGAUUUUCAGGACACAAUUGUCGGAACAGAACCGAGCUUGAACCACUUCCCUCUUCCCGGCAAAUCCCCUUCUCUUAAACCGCCCGCAAAGGCUACGUCCAAUGACCCUCCUGCCUCCACGAGUGAACAGAAGAAACCGGCCACACAACCGGCCAUUCCUAUCCCGGCUCGGAAGGGGUCAGGUGUGAUACCAAUUACACGCAAGAGUUCGACUGCGUCGAAUACUUCGAGAAACUCGAUACGGUCUGACAUAAUGUCAGCUUCAACAACCUCGAUCCUGAGGGGAAGGAGACAGAGCCACUUUCCUCCAAACUCAUUCAAUAAUGCUGGUGGGACCACAACCAAAGCCCCGCGGAAAUCAGUCGGUCCUGGCACAUUCAUUGCCCCAGACUCGUCAGAGAAGGCACCGGCACCCAAGAGAAGGCCAAGCGCUGGGGGGAGAAAGUCUAGUUCAGAGAGUACCAAGAGCCUUCAGUUUAAAAGCUCUCUCGGUCCCCGGAAGAAGGUCUCCAAGGACCUUCUUACACCGUCGAGAACUCCAGACCCAUCGAGGUCUACCUCCACAGGGGUACAACAUACUCCAACAAGAGAGAAAUCGACACCUGGUAGGACGACCACACCAGGGGGCAAUACAGACAGAAACCGGAGAAUGUCGGUCAUGCCACCUCACGCUACCGGACUGGGUGCUCGUACCGUCAGUCCGACAGACGCACGGCGCAUGAAACGUAUGUCCAUCGUCCCACCGGCUCCUCCGCUACCACAGAGCCGCAUCUCGCAGGCACCCCCAACUCCCCAGCCUGAACCUCUUCCUCAACUUCCCCACUCAGAUAUUGUCUCUCCAGUCCUCACAAGUCGAAAGAGCCUCACUCCUUCCUCUUCGCGGACCACCCCCGAUCCCAAUCGAAAGUCUUACAGUUCGGGCCAGUCACUUUCGUCAACUACUAGUUAUAGCUCUGUGCGAAAUGCAGCCAACCCACCGCCCAGGCUACCCCAGGCUGUCAAUUCUUCACGCUUGCCCACCCCUAAGCCACGAGUGGACACGUCGGGAACUACCACUUUUGAGCUCGAGGUUCCUCCGGUGCCUGCCAUACCUAAGGCGUACGAAUCACCCGGUAGUGAACAUGAACAACCUUUCUUCUCUGCUCGCUCUUCUAGUCUCCCUCCCUUCGACGUACAAAUCUCUGAAAGCCCAACUGUGGCUUCGCUCGCCGAUGCCAUGAAGGCGCUAGAGACCCCUCGCGCCCCGAGUACGUCGUCACACGUCUCUACCAACCCACCACCACAACCAGCCCUGCAUCUUGCAGACACUGAUACCAAGGCGAAGCAACCAUUGAAAGCAAGCAAGAAGAAUCUUCAGACCCUCAGGUUGCCACCACUGAAUUUAUUGCCCCUUGGGACACCAACAGCCGCCAAGAUAAAGUCGUUUCACUCCAGUGUCGAAUCUACAGACGGCUCGAUGACCCCGCCCACAUCUCGAAAUCUGAUGAAGACCCCAAGCACGCCCAUGACGGCCUCGAAAGCCACAUUCUUUUCACGCUCUCACAAAGCAGCUGAGGAAGCGUUGUUACGAAGCAGCACCUCGCAUCAUGCUCUAAGGUCGGCUGAGAUUCGGGCACCCAGUGAUGACAGCCCAAGUCUUCCAUCGUUCUCAUUCGAGACUGCAACGUCCAACACAAGAAACAUCUCGCCCUUUGUCUCCUCCUCCGUGCCAAAAUCCAAUGGAGAGUUUGUGAACCAUAUGAGACCCAACUUUAUGACUGAAUUGAGCAGAAAUCCGAGCCUUGCGAAACCGAACGGACCACGAGCCCCAAGCUUCUCUAUAACUCCCAAGACCGACCCAGCUGCAAGUCCUGCUAGUGUCGACAAGCCGUCUGAAAGCGAAUCCGUCUUUUCGACGGCCGCGCUGAGACGGAAGUUGAGCCGGAAACGAAGUGAAUCCAUGGUCCCUGAACCUGUCGUCCAGAGCGAUAAACUGGCCAAGUAUGACAAUAUGCCGCCACCCAAGCUUCCGGCGUCUGCAAGUUGGACCAAUCCUCAAGCCGGUAACACGAGCCCCUCUCAAAGGCCGUCCUACCUUCGUUCGAGAAGACAAACGUCAACGUCUGGCACCAACACCGCGCCCGAGAGACAAGACAGCCAUGACAGCACAAUGUCGCAGCCGUCGAACCUUCGACCGGCAGUCGAUGCUGGGAGAACGUUGAUGAUGCAUACCAAUCGAUCGGGGUCGCUCACGUCUAACGCUCCUCACGUGCUCGCCAAACAACCUUCCCAGCGUCUGCAAGAGCCGCCUCUGGACCGGGACGACCUUGUCGCAGAAGAGGAGAUGAGAAAACUGGCGAGCAAACGGAAAGAUUUCGAGUCGGCUGCCCGCGAACUCGAUGCACUGCGGGCCAGAGCCAGGCCAGUCCGCCGGAUGUCUGCCGGCACAGCCUCGCGAAUGUUCGAUCUGAACAUUUUCGAAAGAGGGGAGAUUGUCGACCAUGGCCACAUUUACUUUACAGGAACUGCCAAAGCACGGAAAAUCAUUGGAGAUCUGAAUUCGGCAUCCUCCAACUUUGGCUACGAUGAUGACCGAGGUGACUAUAACAUCGUGGAAGGUGAUCAUCUCGCGUACCGGUACGAAGUCGUUGACUUGCUGGGCAAAGGUAGCUUCGGUCAAGUUGUGCGGUGUGUCGACCACAAGACAGGAAUUCUUGUUGCAGUCAAGAUCAUCCGCAACAAGAAACGGUUUCAUCAACAAGCUUUGGUUGAGGUCAACAUCCUCCAGAAGCUCCGAGAAUGGGAUCCGCACAAGAAGCACAGCGUUGUUAAUUUCGACCAGAGCUUUUACUUCCGAGGCCACCUAUGUAUCUCGACGGACCUUUUGGGCAUGAAUCUUUACGAGUUCAUCAAGGCGCACGACUUCCGAGGGUUCUCACUCAAACUGAUUCGACGAUUCACCAAACAACUUUUGCAGAGUCUAAUUCUGCUGCAACAACACAAGGUAAUCCAUUGUGAUCUCAAACCGGAAAAUAUUCUGCUUGCCCACCCAGUACAUUCGGAGAUCAAAGUGAUAGAUUUCGGAUCGAGCUGUUUCGAAAACGAGAAGGUGUACACGUACAUCCAAUCACGAUUUUAUCGAUCGCCCGAGGUGAUAUUAGGCAUGUCGUACGGCAUGCCAAUCGAUAUGUGGAGCGUUGGGUGUAUAUUGGCUGAACUAUUCACUGGGUAUCCAAUAUUCCCUGGAGAGAACGAGCAGGAGCAAUUGGCGUGUAUCAUGGAAGUGUUUGGACCCCCGGAAAAGCAUUUGAUUGAAAAGAGUAGUCGGAAGAAAUUAUUUUUUGACUCGAUGGGCAAGCCGCGAAUCACGGUGUCGUCCAAGGGACGACGACGACGACCGAGCUCCAAGGAACUGCGACAGGUGCUGAAAUGCGACGACGAAGCAUUUCUGGAUUUUAUCACAAAGUGUUUGAAAUGGGAUCCAGUUCGAAGGAUGACACCACAUGAGGCGAACAAGCACGAGUUCAUCACGGGGAUCAAGAUGAGCACUGCUGCUGCGCGGCGGAACUUUGCAGGCGGGAUGGGCAGUUCACCCAUCAAGAGAGUCAACUCGAUCACGACGUCAGGAGGAGCGCGGCCAUUGCCGCAACCCCCGGCAGGCGGACUCAAAGCCCCCGUCAGCCUUCGACAGGAUUCAUCACCGAACAAAGCAGGGGCACGUCGACAGUCCACCGCGCCCGGUGCUUCACUGGGCACGGCACAAGCCAAACGGGCAUCACAUGCGGCAAUGACAUCAUCGGCGUCGAAUUCGAACUUGAGGAGGUUGACAGUGGCCCCCCGGAGUCUGAGCGGGAGAUCUGACCUGGCGACAGCGGCAGCGGCGGCCAGUCUGGUCAAGUGAGAGGCCGCUCGCGUUCUAUGUACAUGAUUUUGGAAGGACGGGUGCCAGCAGGGCCCGACAUGCGCGUUAGAAGCAAACUUAAACCAUGGCGUUGGAUGUCAACAUAGCCCUGCACGGCAGGGCAGGGCAGGGCACGAAUUCUUUUGCAGUAUUAAUGAAGAUAUACAAUCAUGGCAUGGGCACAGGCACUGGUGAAAUGUGAGAAUCGUGGGACAGUUGGAGUCAUGUUUCCACCAACGCGGCACGGGAUAACAUGGUAUGGCACGGCAUGACAAGGGGGUUUGGGAGGGGCCAGUGGCUUUGAGUCGAUGAGAGGCAUGGCAUUUGUUGGAGGAGAAGAUGAGCAGUCUGUAAUAGUGAGAUAUACCCGUGGCUUGUGAAGUGACUUGAGAAGGUGUACUGCAAGAAACAGUCGACGAGUGAGCAAGGCUUAGAAAUGCAAAAGCUUCUGAAGACUCUGGAAACAAGUGUUCCUCGACCAAAUUUGAG